CAGACACACGCCCUGUUAAAGAAAAGACGCACGUGAUACUUUGCCCAAUAAGAUAAGACUUCUUCAAGAAAACGGUGACGACACGAACCUCCCACAACGUAAACACGAACAGCCGGUCUGUGAGCUGCUAGUACAGAGACAUCAGUGCGUAAACAUCAAGCAUCAGCUGCACAUGAUGAACUCCCUGCUGAGCCCAAAGCAGCAGAAGGCGAUCUGCUCCCAGCUGGGACGUGUCAAGCUGCAGCUGCUGUACAAGGCCAGCGUCCACGGAUUCACUGGAGCAGCCUUCCACCAGCGAUGUGACAACCAGGGCCCCACAGUGUCUGUGGGCUUUAACGCCACUGGACACGUGUUUGGAGGUUACACCAGACAAGGGUUCAGUCAGUCUGGUCAGUAUGUGUGCGAUGACCAGGCCUUUGUGUUCACCCUCCAAGGAGAAAAACUUCUCCAGUAUCCAGUCACAACCUCUGCAUACGCGGUGAAAAUGGUUGGUAACUGUGGUCCAUGUUUUGGAGAAGCGUUGGUUCUCAUCUAUGGAAAUAAAGCUGUAGUUUUUAGUGCCCCAGGAAAUUAUUACACCUUUAAUGCUGCAGAAAUGCACGGCAACGACCUCAACAUGACUGAGUGUGAAGUCUACCAGGUUCAAGAAAACACAGAAGUGGAUAAAGAAUGGAGGACCGUUAUCUGGGAAUCACAGAAAAGGGCGGAGCUGAUGGACAGCAUUCAGGUCUACAAACCAAUUAUCAACUCUGUGUCCCAGGUUCGUGUUCUGCUCAUCGGACCAGUGGGAGCUGGAAAGUCCAGCUUCUUUAACUCCGUCAACUCAGUGUUCAGAGGUCAUGUGACCAGCCAGGCCAUUGCUGGCUGCUCCAGCACCAGCCUCACCACACAGUUUCGUACCUACUCUAUAAAAGCAGGACGAGAAGGAAAACCUCUGCCGAUCCUCUUAUGUGAUACAAUGGGACUGGAGGAAAGCACAGGGGCGGGGCUUGACAUUGAUGACAUCAGCAGCAUCCUUAAAGGUCAUGUGCCCGACCGCUACCAGUUCAACCCCUCUGCUCCUCUGCAUUCUGAGGCCCACAAUUACCAAACGUCUCCAGGGCUGAAGGAAAAGAUCCACUGUGUGACUUAUGUCAUUGACGCCUGCAAAAUCUCCAUCAUGCCAAAAACCCUGGAGGAGAAGCUGAAAGCCAUACGAAGAAAGGUCAACUUGAUGGGGAUUCCUCAGCUGGUCCUGCUCACUAAAGUGGAUGAAGCCUGUCCUCUGGUGAAAGAGGAUGUGAAAAAAGUUUAUAAAAGUAUCUACAUUAAGGAAAUGGUGCAGGAGGUCAGUGAAAGGCUCGGUGUGCCUUUGUCCUGUGUGGUUCCAGUGAAAAACUACAGUGAGGAGCUGGAGCUGAACCCUGACUGUGACAUCCUGCUGCUCAGUGCUGUUACACAGAUGCUUCGCUUUGCUGACAAUUGUUUUGAUGAGCUCAGUGACCAUCUCUGCAAAAGUGAAACGAAAAAGUGAAAGUAUUUCAGAAAGAGUUGCUUGAAAAUUACUCACAACAGACCAUUGAUACACUACAUCUGCUGUAUGCACAGCUUAGAGACAGUUCACUGUGUUAACUCAGUACAGCUCAGAAGGUUUUGGAAUUUUGACAAAUUUUUAUCACCUUUCAUGUUAUAAAAAGCUGUUGUUGACCAAACAAGUUGUGCAGACUUUAGUAAAAACAUGUUAAAUGUAAAUGUGUUAAA